AUGAAACAUUUUCAAUCUGUAGAAUAAGAUAAGUCACAGUAAGCUCAAAUACAACAUGUUGUUUAUGAAUAAGUAAAAAGAUUGACAAAAGGUAAUUUUGUUGAAAAAUGGAAAGAUGGUUUUAUAUAAUUAAUAAAUAACCAGAUCGUUUGUUUUCUGCGAGGCUAGGAUUCCAUUAAAUCAAAAUGUAAAACUUACAUUCGAAUUAAAUAAUCAAAUUUAAAUAGAUUCAUUGAAGUAGGUUUCGGAUCUGGGAUUAAGAAAUAAAAUAAGAGCUAUAUGAUUAAUAAUGAUUUAUAAUUUAGAGUGGAGAUACUAUUUUACUGGAAAUAAGAAUGAAGGAGAAAAAAAUAACAUUUAAUAAUCUAAGAACAUCAUAGACAUAUGUAAAUAUAAUUUAGAAAGUUUAAUUGAAACUUUAUAUAAUUGUGAUUGAUUAGAU